GAAGAAGAAGAAGACACUGAGGCUCUUGCUGAAACCCAAGCCCAAGGUGGUGCUGAUGAUGUUACAACAGAAGUUGCAGCUUCAGCAGCUUCAGCAGCCCAAGUCGCUGCCUCUGCCGGUGCCACUGAGGCUGUCACUGAAGCUGCUUCUGCUGCUGCUUCUGCUGUUGAAGCAGACUCAACUGCUGCCGAGGUCCAAACCUUUGAAGGUAAGGCUUCUAGUAUCGUUGGGGCCAGUAUCGCUGCUUUGGUUGGUCUGUUGUUUAUCUAA